AUGUCGACUUCUUCGAGAGACUUGCCCUCACCUGGCUCAUCGGGCGGCGAUAGCUCAGAAAACUUGAACGACUCUCAUUGCUUUUCUUUGAUCCCCAAAAAUGCUCGCGCUGAGGAGUAUGUUCAACGCGUGCAUAAAGGCCGAGAUGUGCUGUCUUUCCGCUACGACGAUAGGGCAAGGGUCAACGCAUGUGCCAUUGUUUACAUUGGUCCAAGCAUUGACGACGACGACAUUGUGCUGGGAUCCGACAAAGAAGGCCACCAUAGCCGAUGCUUCUUUACUAUCUCCCCAGCCGGGGACCUGGUUCUCUGUGAUGCAAGCAAGGAUACUCGCCCACAGUUGGUUGCGACACCCAAGUCGGCUCUCGAAGCGGCCAUGUUCCGGCUUCGCUGGAACGGCGACCACUGCGCCUUACCCACGACCGACCAUCUCACAUUCUACAUCAAGUUUCCGAGCGGUGAGAGGUUUGCCGUGGACUGGGGUGAGAACUUGAUCACCUCGAGAGCGAUACGCGAGACCCGGCAGGCGCUGGCCGAGCAGUACGUGCUCCGUAAAGACGCUGUGGGCACGGGAGAGCUUCCUUUCGCCGUCAAACAGAUGUACCCGAAGGAAGUCUAUAACUACCACUGUCUAGGUUACGGCGUGUCGGGCGUCGUCCACCACAAGGUGGAAAUUCGCGAUGGCGCGGAGUAUGCCGUCAAGUCGAUUCGGAAAGAGUUUCUAGGAAAGCCCGAGUACUUGGAUCUUUUUAAAAAAGAAAUAGCUCUCCAUGCCUCUCUCGUCCAUCAUGACUGCGAAAAGCUGUUCAACACCGAGAAUAGCGAACAUCUCUCCGCGUUUCUGGGCCAGUGCCUCGGCGCGCUGGACUACCUCGACGAGCGCAAAGUAGUCCACGGAGACAUCAGGCUCGAAAAUAUCUUGUUCAAACAAAGCAACCAAGGCAUCGAAUUCUUCCUGUCUGGUUUCGGGUGUGCAACGAAAGUGCAGGACGCCAAAAAUUGGUCAGGCGAUGCACGGUAUAUGCCGCCCGAGCAGUUCGAGCACCAAGCCCUCCCCAGUCCGAAAUCAGAUAUUUACAGCUUCGGCAUGACCAGUCUCGAGUUUCUCGGCAGCCUGUGCCGCAGGGAAUAUCAAUGCGGCGGGGAAAAAUGGCGUACGAAGUUGCGGAAUAGCGGCUGCACGGUCAAGUACAACAGGGGCGAUUAUUCCUCGAAAUCGAAGUUCAAACACAUUUCAAGAGUUCAGUUUUUGCGCAAGAACGGACUGCUGCCUAAUGAAGUGCUGGAGGAAGUGCUGGGGAAAUCUCACUGCCCGGAUCCGGAGACCAUUCUGGAGAAAAUGCUCAACCCGGAUCCGUGGGAACGGCCCCGUGCAAAGGAGCUCUUGGAGGAUCUGAAAGAUACCUUGGCUUCAAAGUGA